CAAAUGUAAGGAGUAUGUCAAGUGAAUUCUUCAGCAUGUACUGAACUAGAGUAGUGGAAAAUAAUUAGACAUAUCAUAAUUGAGUGGAAUUGAAAUUCAGAAAAGAGUCAAAUAAGACACACACAAAACUUUGCUUUCUAAGGCUCCACAUACCUGAAAAAGCUUAGGGGCUUAUACACCAAUACGGGCCAGGAUAGCCCUUUCAAAGUGAUUUCUACUGUUUACUGCAGUUGGGAGUUAUUCUGAAAUUUAGUCUACAGCUGACAUGCUCACAUUUCACAUCUUCAACAUUGGUCCUUACUGAAAAAAUAUAAAGAGGCCAAUGUGUGUGUAACAUAUAAAUCAGAAUUUCAUCUGCAUAUUAAAAUAUUUUUGCACUGAUGUAGGCCUAAAACACGUCUAAAAAAGGCAAACAGGAGAAAGAAAAAUAAACAGGACAUACUGUUUCCGAAGAUGAUAUUAACUAUAAACUCCGUUUCAUGUAGUUUAUAAUGUACUGUCUUAUUUAUUUACUGUGUACAGUACACAGUAUCAAAAGAACUCGAGAUGGAGCAUUAAAGGACCUAGUGCUAUGCACCAAGGAAACAAAACCAAACCCACAGGUUCUGCACCCAUUCUCAGAAAUAAUUAGUACUCACAAGGGUUUUAGGUAAUAGAUACACAAAUGUUGAUAUAUAAAAGAUAAAGAUUUGUGCUACACCUACAGCAACACAGUAACGUUCAAAAUAUUCUCGAUGAUACCGAAGAAAAGCAACAACAAUUGAAAAUCCAAUCGAAGGUCUCUGCCGCGCCGCCCUGCCCGGAAGAUUAAGAUGCCGGGAAUCGGCCCAUCAAGGGCACCAGGACUGACGGAAGGCGGGCGAGGCAGAAGCGGAGACGGGACAGGAGAGGCGAAGGCGGACGGGGCCCCGAGGCGGUGACUGAAGGCCCCGCCUGCUGAGGAGACGGAGGCGCAGACCCCGCCCGCAAACCAUCGCCAGCGCCUGCUUCCAAUCAGGUCCGACCUCAACACACAAAUACCGCGGCGCGGUCGGCACAGUCACAGCUGGGAGAGGGCUAAACCGGGGGUGAGAUGUCAGGUAGAGGCAAGGGUGGGAAGGGGCUCGGAAAGGGGGGCGCUAAGCGCCACCGUAAGGUGCUGCGUGACAAUAUCCAGGGCAUCACCAAGCCGGCCAUCCGCCGCCUGGCUCGCCGCGGUGGCGUCAAGCGCAUCUCGGGGCUCAUCUACGAGGAGACGCGCGGAGUGCUCAAAGUCUUUCUAGAGAAUGUGAUCCGUGACGCUGUCACCUACACCGAGCACGCCAAGAGGAAGACGGUUACUGCCAUGGACGUGGUGUAUGCCCUCAAGCGCCAGGGUCGCACCCUCUACGGCUUCGGCGGUUAAAGUCUUUUGCU